AUGCAACCUAUGGUCAUGCAGGGAUGCCCUUACACCCUCCCUCGAUGUCAUGAAUGGCGGGCAGCUGACCAGUUCCAUAACAGCAACAGCCUCCGUAGCACCUGCCUCCAGCCUCAGGUUAGAGUUGCUGCUACUGCCUCUGCGCCUCCUCAGGAUGGUGCUGGAGUUUCCUGCCUAAGCCCAAAGCUAUUCAACGGGUCUGUUGGUGCUGCUGGACCCCUCGAACCACGAGCCAUGAAUCUGUGUUGGAAUGAAAUCAAAAAAAAGUCUCACAACCUCCGUGCUCGCCUAGAGGCCUUCUCAGACCACAGUGGGAAGCUUCAGCUCCCUCUCCAAGAGAUUAUUGACUGGCUCAGCCAGAAAGAUGAGGAAUUGUCAGCUCAGCUGCCCCUGCAAGGGGAUGUGGCUCUGGUGCAACAGGAGAAGGAGACACAUGCGGCCUUUAUGGAAGAUGUCAAGUCUCGGGGCCCUUAUAUCUACUCUGUUCUGGAGUCAGCUCAGGCCUUCCUGUCCCAGCACCCAUUUGAGGAAUUAGAGGAGCCUCAUUCUGAGAGCAAAGAUACUUCUCCCAGACAGCGGAUCCAGAACCUUAGCCGCUUUGUGUGGAAGCAGGCAACGGUGGCCAGUGAACUAUGGGAGAAGCUGACAGCCCGCUGUGUCGACCAGCACCGCCACAUUGAGCACACUCUGGAGCAGCUGUUGGAGAUCCAAGGGGCAAUGGAGGAAUUAAGCAAUACUCUGACCCAGGCUGAGGGAGUCCGAGCCACUUGGGAGCCCAUUGGGGAUCUCUUCAUUGAUUCACUCCCUGAGCACAUCCAGGCUCUUAAGCUAUUCAAAGAAGAAUUCUCCCCUAUGAAAGAUGGAGUGAAAUUGGUGAAUGAUCUGGCCCAUCAACUUGCCAUUUCUGAUGUACACUUGUCAAUGGAGAAUUCCCGCGCCCUGGAGCAGAUCAAUGUUCGGUGGAAACAGCUACAGGUGUCAGUUGGUGAGAGGCUUAAGCAGCUCCAGGAUGCCCACCGGGACUUUGGGCCUGGGUCACAGCAUUUCCUCUCCUCCUCUGUGCAGGUUCCCUGGGAAAGAGCAAUUUCACCCAAUAAAGUUCCCUACUACAUCAACCACCAGGCUCAGACCACUUGCUGGGACCAUCCCAAGAUGACUGAGUUAUACCAAACCCUGGCUGAUCUGAACAACAUUAAGUUCUCAGCUUACCGCACUGCCAUGAAGCUACGCAGAGUCCAGAAGGCGCUGCGUUUGGACCUGGUAACUUUAACCACAGCCCUGGAGAUCUUCAAUGAGCAUGAUCUGCAGGCCAGUGAGCAAGUGAUGGAUGUGGUAGAGGUCAUUCACUGCCUGACGGCCUUAUAUGAACGGCUGGAGGAGGAAAGAGGCAUCCUGGUCAAUGUGCCACUCUGUGUGGACAUGAGCCUCAACUGGCUCCUCAAUGUUUUUGAUAGUGGUCGCAGUGGAAAGAUGCGAGUGUUGUCCUUUAAGACCGGCAUUGCAUGCCUGUGUGGCACUGAAGUAAAGGAAAAAUUGCAAUACCUCUUCAGCCAAGUAGCCAAUUCAGGCAGCCAGUGUGACCAGCGCCACCUCGGUGUCCUGCUUCAUGAGGCUAUUCAGGUGCCCCGUCAGCUGGGGGAAGUGGCAGCCUUUGGGGGCAGCAACGUGGAGCCCAGUGUCCGUAGUUGCUUCCGUUUUAGCACUGGGAAGCCAGUCAUUGAAGCUUCACAGUUCCUUGAGUGGGUCAACUUGGAGCCCCAAUCCAUGGUAUGGUUGGCUGUCCUGCAUCGGGUCACCAUUGCUGAGCAAGUGAAGCAUCAGACCAAGUGCUCUAUCUGUAGGCAGUGCCCCAUCAAGGGCUUCAGGUACCGGAGUCUGAAAGAAUUUAACGUGGACAUCUGCCAGACCUGCUUCUUGACAGGCAGGGCCAGCAAAGGCAACAAGCUGCACUACCCCAUCAUGGAGUAUUACACCCCGACCACAUCCAGUGAGAACAUGAGGGACUUUGCCACAACUUUAAAGAACAAAUUCCGCUCAAAGCAUUAUUUCAGCAAACACCCUCAGCGAGGUUAUCUGCCUGUGCAAUCAGUGCUGGAGGCUGACUACAGUGAGACGCUGGCUUCUUCCCCGAUGUUGCCACACGCUGACACACACUCCCGCAUUGAGCAUUUUGCCAGCAGGCUUGCUGAGAUGGAAAGUCAAAAUUGUUCCUUCUUUAAUGACAGCCUGUCCCCGGAUGACAGCAUAGAUGAGGACCAGUACCUGCUGCGGCACUCCAGCCCCAUUACAGACCGGGAGACAGCCUUUGGACAGCAGGCUCCGUGCAGCAUGGCCACAGAAAGCAAGGGGGAGCUAGAGAAGAUCCUGGCACACUUAGAGGAUGAGAACCGGAUUCUCCAGGGAGAGCUGAGGCGCCUGAAGUGGCAGCAUGAGGAGGCUGCUGAGGCCCCCACCCUGGCUGAGGGCUCUGCUGAGGUAGCACAGGACCACCACAAUGAGGAGCUUCUGGCUGAGGCCCGGAUCCUUCGGCAGCACAAGAGCCGCCUGGAGACACGCAUGCAGAUCCUUGAGGACCACAACAAGCAACUAGAGUCUCAGCUGCAGCGCUUAAGGGAUCUGCUCCUGCAGCCACCCACCGAACCAGAUGGCAAUGGCUCUGCAGGCUCGUCCCUAGCUUCCUCUCCACAGCAGUCAGAAGGCAGUCACCCCCAGGAGAAGGGACAGACUACUCCAGAUACUGAGGCAGCAGAUGAUGUGGGGUCAAAGAGCCAAGAUGUCAGCCUGUGCUUAGAAGACAUCAUGGAGAAGCUCCGCCAUGCCUUCCCCAGUGUGCGAAGCUCUGAUGUGACUGCCAACACCCUGCUGGCCUCUUGA